UAGUUUAGCAGAGUAUAGAAGCCAAUAUGUUUAAUCAGAAAGGCCAUUCGAAAGUAUUGCUGCUAGCAUUAUAUCUGCACUUCACGGUAUUUUUUCAACCAUCGGAAUGUUUGCUAGAGCUAUGUGCACCAUCAAUGGGUUAUCCCGAAUGUAUCCACUUUGAAAUGGAAAGGAUGAACGGGUCGUUUGUAACACCGGCUGAAGACUCUUUCUACAGCUACAGCUUCCGAAUGAUGGACAAGGAAAUCGAUUACCCAAUAGAAGAUGCGUUUGGGAUGCUGUUAGCAAACAGGCAGACACUGAUACUAUCGAACAUUACAGCACCACGGAUAUUCGUGCCACCGUCAUUGAAAAAGUUCGUCAUGAUUCUCAGUAACAUUCCUAACAUUAUCCUGUACAACGAAACGGAAUCGGCUAGUCAAUUGGAGGAAAUCGAAAUAUUCGAUAGCAGAGUUCAGCUUGAUUUCGAUGUCGGAUCGCUGCCGUCUUUGACGUCACUUUUGAUUCAGCAUAGCAGCCUUCUCGAGCUCACAUGUGAUGAUCCUAUACCGAAAAAAUUGACAAAUUUGGUGCUACAGGAUAGUGACAUUCAUGUUUCGAUCAACUUUAGCACGUUACCUAACCUCAGAAAACUUACGUUGAAUUCUGUAGAUUUCACUUGGGAAGAUUUAGGAUUUUUAAACAAUUUAGAUAUCAUAUAUCUGCAGUUGGCACGCUUCCCCUUCCACCGGAAAAAUAAUGGAUCAUUUUCUACCUUCUCCAAUCUUCAUUACAAUGGCAGCACGUUGUUCCUGCCUAAACUAAAAUUGCUUUCAAUUGAUUCGAUCCAGUUGGAUAGCGAACGCUUUGCGUACUUACACUUUCCAGAAUUAAUAUCCGCUUCUUUCCACAACAACAGCCUGAUCCAACUUCCAGAACAUUUGAAAUUGUUUAAGAAUUUGACAAGCAUAGUUUUUUCCAGGAAUAAGUUUCCUUCAUGCCAGCUUUCCUUUUUCGCCUCUUUCGAGCGGCUUAUAGGUUUGCAUCUGAGCGAAAACCGAAUACGACAUUUUAGUUUUGCUGGCAGUUUCGUGCUGCCAAAUCUAAAUGUACUGGAUUUGGCAGACAACCGGAUAGAGCAUCUGGAGUAUUUUGAUAGCGCCCAAAUGCCCAAAUUGAACACGCUGAAUCUUUUCGGGAACAAACUGUUCCAUAUGGAGGUAUUUUUCGACAUACGAGCAAACUGUCCUAAGUUCAAUUAUCUGCAAUUCGAAUCAGCACACCUGCCUUGCUCGAUGUUCAAUGCCUUUCUCAGCGAAAUGAGAAAUGUCAGCGUAAAUGUGCACAACAAUGGGUGUGUCGCGGAGGUUUGGAAAUGCAAUAGAGCUUCGUGCUAUUAACAGUUGUGGGAACAUUGUAACAUUUCUACAAUUUAUUCUGUCUCAAAUAUAGUCGACUUUAAGGAAAUUGACAAUUAAUUCUGUUGUUAAUCAAUCUUUAACAAAAGCCAGAGAAAAGUGAGAUAGUUAAAAUGGAAGUAAUCACGUUAAUUCAUUGUAACCUCUAUAUCAGUGGUCGGCAAUCUUUCAA